AUGGAAUUUGUCGCACAACUUACCUUCCGUCAAACUUGGCAAGACCAUCGAUUGAGGUUUGAAGGUUCCAGUCCAGGAGAGUAUAUCACGUUGAACGAAAUGGGAGACAAAAUUUGGACACCCGCCUUAUUUUUCAUGAACGAAGCCACCUCCUCAGUCCACACCACCUUUAAAACCAACAGCUACAAACGCGUCUACUCCACAGGAAAGGUCGUCUGGAGUACCAGACUCACCGUCACAUUCGCCUGCGAAAUGGACCUCACCUACUUCCCUUUCGACAAGCAGAUCUGCUCCAUUCAAAUUUCCGACUACUCCGGAACUUCUUCGGAUAUCAUGCUCGCCUGGGAUGGCGAGGAUCCAGUCGAUCUUCGCGAAUCCAAGAAUCUCCCCUAUUCCCGCUUUACUUUGGAGGCCGUUAAAACAUCCGUUGGAAGUCUGAAUCCAACCAAAGUCGGCGAAUUCAGCCAUAUCAUUGCCGAUUUCCACCUUCGUCGCCACUCGACCGCGUACAUGCUCUUUAUCUACCUGCCAACCACCAUGUUUGUGGUGCUGAGUUGGAUUUCGUUCUGGCUCGGGCCAUCGAUCAGUACGAGGGUUUCCCUUACGGUGACCUUGCUGCUCACAAUGACGACACAGAUUCAAGGUGCGAAUCAAACUUUACCGCAAGUCUCGUACAUUAAAGCGGUCGAUGUGUGGGCCGGAUUUUGCAUGGUGUUUGCCGUGCUUUCGAUUUUGGAGACGGCGACGGUUACGUUUCUUACUCAGGGGAAUAAGGUGUUUGCGAUUGGAUGUGAUAAAGGGGGUGGGGAGAAGGAGGAUAAAAAUGUGAGGUAUGAUUGUUUCGGGAGGAAGUUGGAUAAGCACGAUUCUUGCUCAGAAUUACUCCCCUGUAAUUAUUAAAAUUCAUUUUUAAAAACUUUCAAAAUCAUUAAACAUGCAGAAAACAUUGAAAAUUAA